AUGGCGUCUGCUGAUCUGAUAGAGGAGCUGAGCUGCUCCAUCUGCCUGAGCAUCUAUACGGAUCCGGUAACGCUGAGAUGUGGACACAACUACUGCCGGGAAUGUAUUGACCACGUGCUGGACACUCAGAAGGCGGCCGGACUUUAUAUCUGUCCGGAGUGCCGAGAGGAGUUCAAGGAGCGACCUUCACUGUUUAGCGCAAGAGCUCUACGCAACAUAGCGGAGAAGUUCCUAAUUUCUCAGCCCGUUCCGGAAGAUACCGGAAUCUAUUGUACUGAAUGUGUGGACUCUCCUGUACCGGCUAUAAAGUCCUGCCUGCUCUGCGAAACUUCUCUAUGUGCCAAACAUUUGAGAGACCAUGCCAAGUCACCAGAACACGUCUUUACCGACCCCAUCAUCUACCCGGGGAACAGAAAAUGCUCCUUCCAUAAAAAGGCCGUGGAGUAUUACUGCCCCAAGGAAAGGGUUUGUUUCUGUGUUUACUGUAUGGCUGUUGGGCUACACAAAGGACACCCGGUGGAGAAACUGGAUAAGGCCUCCGAGAAGAAGAAGGAGAAGCUGAGGAAAGAUCUGGAGAUAUUGACCUCAAAGAAAGCAUGGGCUGAGAAAGAAGUCCGGAGUCUGAAGAAACGCAAGACAGACUUAGAAGAUAAAGCAGACGAUAUAAUGGAGACCGUCACCGCCAUGUUCCAAGAUAUCGGGAAAGAUCUGGAAGAACUUGAGAAGAGAGUCCUGAGUGAGAUUUCCAAGGAGAAGGAGAUGAUCUCAGAGUCCGUGUCCAAUCUGAUCCAACAGCUGGAGAAGCAGAAGGACGAGCUGUCCAGGAAGAUGAGUCAAAUCGAGGAAUUGUGUAAAACCGCCGACCCAAUUCUCGUCCUGAAGGAUCAGAACUCCAAUGAGGAGGAGGAUAUCUACCAAACCAAAGAGGAGGACAAUAUAGACACAAAGAUUCCAAGUGAAGACGAUUUCCAUGAGCAUUCCAUCACGGCCAAAUUACACGAAUUAUCCGACUUUAUCAAAGAUUUUCAAAUCGGUACUCUGCAAUCCGGUAUUUUACUCGAUGAGGAAACCGCGUCCAAUUAUAUACAGGUUUCGAAGGAUUUGAGAACGGCGUCUUUGUCGGCGGUAAAGUUAUUUCGCCCGGAAAGUCCCAGAAGAUUCAAGAACUAUCAGGUUCUAAGCAAGAGAGUUUUUUCUUCGGGGCAGCACUCCUGGGAGGUGGACACCAGUAAUUCGAAUAGCUGGAGAGUCGGGUUGUGUUAUCCGACGAUGGACAAGAGAUCGUAUAUCGGGGAUAAUAAGUCUUCCUGGUGUUUGCAAAAGGAAUAUAAGUAUAAUAUUAUGCAUGUGAGCAAAUGUAUACCGUUCAUUCCCAAACCCACCAGCUAUAAAUUCCAGAUCUGUCUGGAUUAUGAGGCCGGUCAGAUCUCCUUUUAUGAGCUGAACGACCCGAUCCGACACCUCCACACCUUCAACACCACCUUCACCAAGCCCCUCCAUCUUGUGAUCUGUAUUUGGAAUGGAUCGAUGACCAUUACUAACUAA